CAAAUUAAAAUUGAAAUUUAAUGGCACUCUUGGUAAUAUGAUCUAAAAAUAGACUUGUUAAUUAGUUGUAUAACCUAAAUAAAAACAGUUUUUAUAAAGAUUUUAUAAGAGCAUUGAUAACAAACUAUUACGGUUAAUACAGACAAAAUUUCAGAUAGAAAUACCGGAAUCAAACAACAAUGGAGACUGUUGCUGAGCGUUUCAUUUUUGAAUACGAAAAAGAACCAAUUGAAAUGAAUUUUGUGGAACUGCUAAACUCCUUUUAUCAAAAUCAAGAUACAGCGAUAGUAAAAUUGCCAAUAAAAACAACUGAAAACAAAACUGAGCUGGUUGCAGAACUAACAAAGCGCAUCUUUGAAAACUUUUACAACAAUCCAUAUUUUAAAGAAGAGUUGUCACUGGUCCUUCUUAAAAAGAGCUAUUUAGAGCCACUGUAUACUCUAACAAAACAAUGUCUAAACAAACAACUCUUCGAUCCUAACAACGAGCAAAUGUUAAAUAACGUUGUCGCAAGACAAAUAUUUGUCUUGCAUUUUAGCAAGUGUAACUUCAAAUCGAAACAUUUCCUUAUGUUUCUGAAGUCAUUUAAUUCAAUUAGUAUUAUAUGCAACAUAGAAAAUAUAUUUGGAUUUGAUGUUAAGCAAUUCUGCCAGAGUUUAUUGACUAAUGAAAAUUUAAAGAAAAUUCUCCAUAACACUAUCAGACUUGUUACCAACAAAGAAUGCAGAUAUGAUUGUGCCAAAACGGAACUAGUUUUCUUUACGACUACGGAUUUAAACGGUGUUAACGGUUAUGCAGGUAACAACACAAUAUAUUUAUCGCAUACUUCACUGCUUCAAUUUUAUUACGUCACAAAGCAAAACGUUACUGUUUUCAAGCUAAACCUUCUUCGUCUAGUUCAACAUGAGAUAUGCCACGUAGCGCUGCGACACCAGUUUUGUAAUUUGAAUUUAUCAACUCCCGAAUUCAAAGAAACAAUAAACUCAAAUUUUGCAACUGGAAAAAAUUACUGCCUUGAAGCAGGUUUAAUUGGUGAAUGUCUUUUGUUUGCUGGACGGAUCGAUUUGAGUUGUCCAAACUUAAAUAUGGCAUACUGCCAAAAAUUUCUUCAAGACUUUCUUCAAGGAGCGUAUUCUCCAUUUGAUCCAACUAAAGCUAACGCAAAGAUUAUCGAUAAACCGUGCUUUGAAAUGGCAAUCGAUUUUUCACCUGAAGAUGAAAUAGAAUUUAUGUAAUGAAUGUAAUGAAAAAAAAAUGUAAUGAAACUUUUUUCUUUUUCUUGUCGAAAUUUGUAUAGUUUAUUGUCGUAUACUUUAUAAAGUUAUUCUUAUUGUCGUAUACAUUAUCAAUUUGCUAUUGACUUGAGAGAAAAAAAAUGUCAACCUGUUUCUAAUUCAACUUCAUAAACAAAAGAAAUCAUUGAGUUCACUUUUAUUAAAAAAAAUUUAUUAUUAACUUUAUUAAUAGUAAUAUAUUAUACUCUAAGUUAUAAUUUGAAUAAUAAUUUAAUUGAUAAUAAUUAGAUAAAGCAACAUAACUUUUUCUCUCUAUUCGGUAUUUAAAAUGCAUUUUGUAU